UGCUGAGUAUUUAAACUUUCAUUGGCCUUUGGUCAGAUAUAGUGAUUAGCUAGCUACAUGUUCUAAAGAAGUGAAUAAAUAUUAAAAAAACACUAUCAAAGACCACCUAUCCCGCUCCCCUCCUACCUGAAACAAAACAAGUACAAGGUUGUAGGGCUUGCUUUGUUCGCCCGUAUUGCACAAUUUACAAAAAUAUCGGCAUGUAUCAUUCGUAAAUAUAUUGUGGCAUUUGAGACAGUAAAUUGUCAGUUAGUGCUGGGAAUUAAUCUGAAAGGUGGAAGUGAUUAAUUUGAUAAUCAGAUGAAAUUAUAUGCAAUUUUUUUACUGAUAAUUCUGGUGAUUGAACUUUAGUAAGUUACUACUGAAAAACUGCCCCAUAUAUAAUAAAGUAAAAGUAUGUAACCACCAAAACUGUAUAACCGUCAGUGUCAGUGUGAUGGGUACAGGUGCCAGCAAAGCUAUCAACAUGAACAGUGCUGCCGCAGAGUUCGUCAAGGCUACCAUCUCAAGUGACACAGUGGUCAUCUUCUCCAAGACCUACUGCCCAUACUGCAAAAUGGCUAAAGAAGUCUUCAACAACUUGAAGCACAAGUACACGCUGAUUGAACUGGACCAGAGAGAAGACGGUUCAGAGAUGCAAGAUGUUCUUGGGGAGUUAACUGGAGCCCGAAGUGUGCCUCGUGUCUUUGUGAAAGGAAAGUUUGUUGGAGGUGGCACAGAUGUUCAAGCCUUAUACAACAAAGGAGAACUUCAGCUGAUGUUGGCAGCGUGAUUAUUCUCAACUUGUUCGUUUCGGCUCAUCAAUUUUUGCAUGUUCAUAUUUCAUUUUUAAAGAUUUCUAUUUGUACUUAGCCUACAUUUUUUGUUAUUCCAUAAAUCAGGAAAAGACUUAUGCAGGAAUUGUAUACAAUAUUUUGUUAAAUGAUUUUUAUAAUAUAUUUAAUAUGUUCAAUAAAAUGAGCUAUGCUUGGAAGGUA